AUGGCGCCCUGUCACACAGUCACCGCCGAUCCAUCGCUACCCAUGCCGCGGGUCAUCCUCGCGCGUCAUGGCGAGACGCUCUGGUCCAUCUCUGGCCAGCACACCGGUCGCUCGGAUAUCCCGCUCACCGCUCAUGGAGAAGAGGUCAUGGCCCGCCUUGCGCCCACCUUCAUCGGAGUCAAUAGCCCCGAGGGCGACAAGAAGGACAGGAGAUUCACAGUAGACCCCACCAAAAUCAGCCACAUCUGGACAAGUCCGAGGACGAGGAGCAGGCGGACACUCCAGCUGAUGUUAAGUCACUUGACAGAGGAGGAACUAAAGAACGUCGAGGCUCCCGAAGUCAAGCAGGAGUGUCGAGAGUGGGACUAUGGAGCGUACGAGGGCAAGAAGACAGGAGAAAUUCGCAAAGACAGGCCCAAUUGGGACAUUUGGGUCGAUGGCACGCCCGACCACCCCGAUGAUCCUGUCAAUCUUCCAGGCGAGAGCGCAGAGGCCAUGACUGCUCGAGUCGACUCUGUCAUUGCCAAGAUUCGAGAUCUACAGAAGGCUGUCGUUGAAGGUCAUUCCGAGACUUUGCAUGAUGAUGCCGUUACCAAGAAGGGAGGAGACGUGAUGCUCGUCUGCCAUGGCCACUUCAACAGGUGCUUUAUUGCCCGCUGGCUGGGUCUACCUCUCCCCAACGGCCAGUUGUUCGAAGUAGACGCUGGAGGUGUAGCCAUCCUCUCAUAUGCUCACCACUGCUUCGAGGAGCCCACAAUUGCAGGAAUCUUCUCAUCGAAGACCGGACCGUCGCCCUCUAUCUCGAUCUCAGCGGACAAUCCCACAGGGCAACCAGACAGCCGGGCGCCCCACGAAGAGUUCCAAUACCUCAAUCUUAUUUCGCGCGUGAUCACGUCGGGCGAGUCAAGAGCUGACCGUACCGGCACCGGCACAUUGGCUCUCUUUGCACCUACUCCGUUCAAGUUCGACCUUUCAAAUGGACGCUUGCCUCUGCUGACCACGAAGAGAGUGUUCUGGAGAGGCGUCAUGGAAGAGCUACUGUGGUUCCUCAGAGGGUCCACGAAUGGAAACCUCCUCAGGGAUCAAGGUAUCCACAUCUGGGAUGGCAACGGAUCGAGGGAAUUUUUGGACUCGAGGGGUCUGAGUCAUCGAGCGGAAGGUGAUCUGGGACCGGUGUACGGCUUCCAGUGGAGACACUUUGGCGCGGACUACACCGACUUCAAUGGCAAUUACGAAGGAAAAGGCGUUGAUCAGCUAAAGGAGAUUGUGGAGACUAUCAAGAAGAACCCGACCGACAGGCGGAUGGUCAUGACUGCUUGGAACCCUAAGGAUCUAUCCAUCAUGGCUCUCCCUCCGUGCCACAUGUUCUGCCAAUUCUACGUCUCCCUGCCAGCACCAGGUUCUUCCUCCUCCAAGCCUCGUCUCUCCUGCCAGAUGUACCAGAGAUCGUGCGAUCUCGGUCUGGGGAUCCCUUUCAAUAUUGCCUCCUAUGCUCUCUUGACGCACAUCGUAGCCAGGCUGACAGACUGCGAGGCGGGAGAAUUGACCAUGUGUCUUGGAGAUGCGCACGUGUACAAGGACCACGUCGAGGGACUGACAGAACAACUCACUCGCCUCCCGCGUCCGUUCCCCACACUCAAGAUCUCGGCCGAUGCUCCCCUCACACUCGACGGUCUCGAUGGCAAAGACGGCAAGGGCGGGUUCAAGGCGGAGCACUUUGAGGUGGUGGGGUACAAGCCAUUGGGAAAGAUCGAGAUGAAGAUGAGCGUGUAG